AACUCCAUUAAUGUUUGUCAUUUGUGUUUGCAGGCCCUGGUGCCAACAUGAGCUACCUGCCUCCAUGGGCACCAACAUCAGGGGGAGGACAUUAUCCUCCUCAUAUGCUCUCCCCACACACUACUACCACAUCUCCACAUUCACCUCACACUUCACAUAGUACAACUCAGCCAAACACCUCUGGAUCAGUGUAUCAGAAUCUCUCUCCAGUUGUAAAAAGUAUUUCACCUGCAAGUGUUUCUGUUACACAGUCUAACAAUACACCCAAGUCAUCUACUGUCCCUUCCACUGGUUCUUCGUCAUCUCCCACUUCAGUGCCCACAUCUGCUCCAUCGUCAGCAUCUUCAAUUUCUAUUGGUGAUCAGUAUGAGCCCCAGGGCUUUAAGCGGCCAUAUACACCUCCACCAAAACGUCCUGACUUGGGAGAUGGACUCAAGACAGAAAAUACUAGUAUGGGUGACUCUCCACCUCCUGAAAUGCUACUGGCUCUGGCAGGACCCAGCUCUCUCGAUCUCAAAUCCCCUAGAAAGUAUGUUAGAAGGUCACCAGGAAAAUAUCCAGCACCAGAACAGUUAGCUAGUCCAGUUAUGUUCUCGUACCAAGGUAGAGGAAGACCUCGGAAAAAUUGGACUCAUUCUACGGGAUUGCCAACAAUGAUUCCUGUGACUCAUCCUCCAAUGCAUCCAGUGUCUGUAGAUGACCCAGAUGAUGAGGAGAAUAAACCUUUUAAGUGUAAUAUAUGUAAAAAGGGGUUCAAACUUAAAGGAGGACUAAUGCAACAUGAAAGAACACACAGUACUGAUCGACCCUAUGUGUGUCCAGAUUGUGGCAAACUUUUCCGUCAGCCAACUCACUUGCAGCAGCAUAUUCGAAUCCAUACAGGAGAUAAACCUUACGAUUGUGCUUUUUGUGACAAAUCGUUUAGACAGAGAACAAUACUGAAUCAGCACUUGAGGAUUCAUACAGGAGAGAAACCUUAUGUAUGUAUGGAGUGUGGAAAACAGUUCAGACAGAAAGCAAUUCUUGAUCAACAUUUCAGAACACACUUGGGUGAGAAACCAUAUGCCUGUCCACACCCAUCUUGUAGAAAACAUUUUAGAGAGAUGGCAACACUCAUUUCUCAUAUGCAGUGCCAUAAGGAUGUGACUGAUCCAAGAAUUGUUCUUCAGCAAGCUAAACGGAUGAUUAAAGAGGAACAGAAUGAUGAUGUAAGAUUAGGCAAUCAAGGCCGUGAACAUGAUGGGUCUGACAGGAGAAUAGGACAAGAAAGGGUAGAUCAGGAUAGAGAAAUGGGGGAAAAUAGAGGACUGGGACAAGACGGUAUGGGACAAAACAGAAUAGGUCAGGAGAGAGGGAUGGGGCAAGAUGUAAUAAAUCAAGAUAGAUCUCACGGACAGGACCAUAGAGAAAGUGUAGGCAGCAACUCUGAACAAGGUGGAUAUCAGGGGAAUGGGGAGCAAGUUCGACACGAACACCGCUCCUUCCCUCUUCAAAGUGCAUCCAAUAACAGUUCAACUCAUAAGUCACCUCAUUCUCUGCCAAUGCAUUCAAACACAGAUCAACAGAGAGAGAACUCUUCAGCCCCACCACAUUCACAACCACCAUCAAUUUCUCCAAAUAUGAUGCCGACUCCACAGAUGGCUAUGACUAACUUGAUUCCAUACCCACACUCAAUAUUUCCAGCAACAUCUUACAUGAUGCCUCCACCUGACCCAAGACAGUACCACCCACAAAAUCAAGGACAGCAUCCAUCUCGGCCCAACCAGUGACUUUGUUAUAAAAUAUAUAUAAAACAAAAAUGUCCUUCAAGUUUGUCAUACUUAUUUUGAGUAUUACAGGUGUAUUUUAUGGCAGGUUAAUGUGACUGUAAAUUUAGAACUAUGCAAUAAAUAUGAAAACUUAUAAAGGACUAAUAUCAUGGAACUUAUGAGCAAACCUUAUAAAUGCCUUUACUUCCUAAGAUCACAUUGAUUAUCGAGCAUCUUGGUUAUUGUCAAAAUGUGCCUGUAUUUGGAAUUAUUAUGUUGAUGCAAAGUGAACUGUUAGUAGAUGAGUGAACCAUAAAAUAACUUAAAUAUAUUUAAUAUUAGAAUGUGAAGUUGUUCAUCAUUAUGUUUCUUGUCAGCUAUAACUCAGAUUUGGGGAUUAUUCUAAUGUAACACAUGAGACAGAGUUUGUGAUUCAGAAAGAUUUUUUUAACACAACUUAUUUAUUUAUUUUUAUAUAAAUAUAAAGUCACUUCGCACUUUCAUUAAUAUUACUUGUGCAUUCUGUUAGGCUCAAUUUAAAUAAAGGUAGAAGUUCCUAGGAAAAAGACAUUAUUUGAAAAAAGAAAACAAAAAUUUGAAUUUAUGAGAGCAAGCAUAUGUUAACAUUGAGUCAUUAGAUAGGGGUGCUGUGUCUAGUUAUUUACAUCUUAAGAUUUUUUCCACCAUGGUAGAAGUUGUUAAUAAUUUAAACUUUUGUUAAAAAAAUAAUUAAGUCUUGUGCAUAAAAUGUAAUAAAAAAUGUAGUGUAUGUACAGUAGGUUUAUAGUGUUUCUUACAGCAGCAACAUAUUGACUACAUCUGCCAAAUAUUUUACAAAACACAUUUUUCUUAAGAGGAAAAUGUUAGAUAUAUUUAAAGAGAAGUUGUAGGCAUGUGUGCCCGGUGCAUAGGUUUGAACACAGAGAAAGUAACAGUCUGCAUGUUCUGCCUCAUUCUUGAAUAAUGGUUGAACCUUCAACAAAAGGUAUAAUAAUAUAUAUAUUUUUUUUUU